UGCCAGUGAUUCCACAUCGGGUCUACAACUUUGAACAGUUAAUAUUCUCUCCUUUUCAAAACGUACUUGACUGAAAUCUGUAUACUCAGCGCUAUGUACCAGGGAGCACCCUUGAGGGAAAGCACAGCCUGGGAAGGUAGAAGAUCUUUCUGGGCAGUGCCAUUGUGCAGGUGUCCCAGCGAGGGAAGGUGGUGUUAGGCUGCCACCUGAGGAACACCUCCGCGAGGGAGCUGUGCUGUUUUAUCACUUUGGAAGAUCCAAUCCCUCUGUGGACCUUCUAAACAUCUUUUACUAGUAGAAACAUUAUUUCCUACAAAAUGAAGUCAGCGUCUUAAUUUAAACCAGCAUUUGUGUGGUUCUGACUUUACCUGCUAUGGUUUGUGAAGCUUGAGAUCUAAGGAGUACAGGGUCUUUUGUGAUGACAAUAUGACUAAUAGUAAAGGAAGAUCUAUUACCAGUAACACGAGUAGUGGUCCAAGUAGUGGAGGAGGUUUUGUAGACUGGACUUUAAGCUUAAAUACAAUUCAAUCUGAUAAGUUUUUAAACUUAUUGUUGAGUAUGGUUCCAGUAAUUUACCAGAAAAACCAGGAAGAUAGGCACAAAAAAACCAAUGGCAUUUGGCAAGAGGGAUUACCAGCUGCAGCCCAGACUUUUAGUAAUCGAUCUGAGCAGCACAUGGAGUAUCACAGUUUCUCAGAGCCGCCUUUUCAUGGCAACAGUGGGCACGCGCCGUCAGGCUGCAGCCCAAAGUACGAUGACUAUGCCGGCUACAAUUACUGUGAUGCAAGGGACGCUGCGGAAACAGCUGCCAUGUUACAGAAUGAAGCUGCAUCCAGUGAUGGCGAUGAAGAUGCCGCUGUGGAAGUCAACCAGAAGCCACCAAAGGAAUCCAGUGGCAUCAUGGCGCUGCAAAUACUUGUGCCAUUUUUGCUAGCUGGUUUUGGAACGGUUUCAGCCGGCAUGGUUUUGGAUAUAGUCCAGCACUGGGAGGUGUUCAAAAAGGUAACAGAAGUUUUCAUUUUAGUUCCUGCACUUCUUGGUCUCAAAGGAAACUUGGAAAUGACAUUGGCAUCCAGAUUAUCCACUGCAGUAAAUAUCGGGAAGAUGGAUUCACCCAUUGAAAAGUGGAACCUAAUAAUUGGCAACUUGGCUUUAAAGCAGGUUCAGGCAACAGUGGUUGGUUUUCUAGCAGCUGUGGCAGCAAUUAUACUGGGCUGGAUUCCAGAGGGGAAAUACUAUCUUGACCAUUCCAUACUCUUGUGCUCUAGCAGUGUGGCAACUGCUUUCAUUGCAUCUCUUCUGCAGGGAAUAAUAAUGGUUGGGGUUAUUGUUGGUUCAAAGAAGACUGGCAUAAAUCCUGAUAAUGUUGCUACCCCCAUUGCUGCUAGUUUUGGUGACCUCAUAACUCUUGCCAUAUUAGCUUGGAUAAGUCAGGGUUUGUACUCCUGUCUGGAGAGGUAUUACUACAUUUCUCCAUUAGUUGGUGUCUUUUUCUUGGCUCUAACUCCUAUCUGGAUUAUAAUAGCUGCCAAACAUCCAGCCACAAGGACAGUUCUCCACUCAGGCUGGGAGCCUGUCAUAACAGCUAUGGUUAUAAGUAGCAUUGGGGGCCUUAUUCUGGACACAACUGUAUCUGAUCCAAACUUGGUGGGGAUUGUUGUUUACACACCGGUUAUUAAUGGUAUUGGUGGUAAUUUGGUGGCCAUUCAGGCUAGCAGGAUUUCUACCUACCUCCAUUUACAUAGCAUUCCUGGAGAAUUGCCUGAGGAACCCAAAGGUUGUUACUACCCAUUUCGAACUUUUUUUGGUCCAGGAGUGAAUAAUAAGUCUGCUCAAGUUUUACUGCUUUUAGUGAUUCCUGGACAUUUAAUUUUCCUCUACACUAUUCAUUUGAUGAAAAGUGGUCACACGUCCUUAACUGUCAUCUUCAUAGUAGUGUACUUAUUUGCUGCUGUGCUACAGGUGUUUACCUUGCUGUGGAUUGCUGACUGGAUGGUCCAUCACUUCUGGAGGAAAGGAAAGGACCCGGAUAGUUUCUCCAUCCCCUAUCUGACGGCAUUGGGUGAUCUGCUCGGAACAGCUUUGUUAGCCUUAAGUUUUCAUUUUCUUUGGCUUAUUGGCGAUCGAGAUGGAGACGUUGGAGACUAAUAAGCCCUCAAACUGUUCUCAAGUUCCACGGAGGAAAACACAAGACAACCACUUAUGACUCUUUUUCAAAACUCUUAAAUCAGUAGUUUGACUUCUACCAGGGUAAUCUUCAGUUGGCCCUGAUUCAAUUAAAUGGCCUUAACAUUUUUUUAAGGAAUUUGUGUUAAAACCAGAAUCAACAGUAUUUGUGCUGCUUUUCAUAGAAUAAAUGAUAAUUUGACAUAGAUGUAGACACAAGCUCAAGCUCUGAAAUUAACAAAAUAGGAAAGAAUAUAGGAUGUUUACAGUGAAGAAGUUAAAAACCGCUGAUGUAGCGGAAACGUGUUAUUGUUUAACUUACAAUGCCAGGUUCAAGGAAACAGAGCUCUACUUUAGCCUUUCUUGUCUCACAGAUGUGUUGGACUGCAAAUCCUACUACAAAAUGAAAGAGACCCAACCCACCCUUUAAUAGUUUUAACUAUGCCCACCUCUCUGCUAGCCGAGAAUACAUGAUCAAUUACUAGCUCCCAACCUGACCUAAAUAUGUUCUGCUGAACAUAAGAUAAACUCACUUUUCCCUGUGCCAAUGCUAAUUUCAGCUCUGUAAAGUCUUCACAGGCUACUGUUUAAACACAGAAUGACCUUGACGGAUCUUUAAAGAAAGCAAUGGGUCAUUUUUGGUCAUUGAUUUAUUAAAAGAAUUUUGAUCUUUUUAAGAAAACUUAAUAGUCAAUAACAAGAGAAAACGAGCUGCAUUUAUAGGGACGAGAUGGUGUGAGAAAUCCUGUGUGUGUGGAGGGUGGGGGGAGAGACAGAAGACAGACAGAGAAAUGUUUGAUGGAGUACUGAAUCUUGGAUUGUUGAUAGCAAAGAUCAUAGUACUAUUGGAAUAUUAGCAUUAUGUAGUUCUUUUUUUUUAAUGUUUAUUUAUUUUUGAGAUAAUGCGAGAGACAGAGUGCAGGCAGCGGAGGGGCAGACAGAGGGAGACACAGAAUCUGAAGCAGGCUCCAGGCUCCGAGCUGUCAGCCCAGAGUCCGACGCGGGGCUCAAACUCACGAACCGUGAGAUCAUGACCUGAGCCGAAGUCAGAUGCUUAACCGACUGAGCCACUCAGGUGCCCUAGCAUUAUGUAGUUCUUAAACACAUUUUAUCGAUAUGCUUUUGUCAUUUGGUCCAAAAAUUUUGCUACUGCCCAGAAUUUACUAUUUAUUACCUAUAUUAAAAUGAAUAGUUUUUUUCUUAUUAAAAAAACCCCCUACAAUUUAAUAUAACCUUGAUAUUAUGAGACUUAGAAUGAGCAAGUGAUUCACUUGCUCUUCCAAAGAAGUCUAUUGGAACUUUUAGGCUUACCAUUUUAAAAGAGAAGUUGGUGGGUUACUUCAAUUAUUGGUCAUGCCUGUACAUAUCAUCUCUUUGCACAAGCUUAUUUCUACAUGGGAACUCUAUCAUAUACACUGCUAUGUUUCCUAUAUAUUUUUCUAAAACCUGAUCUAUAUUCCAAAACUUUACCAACUCUUUAGUUAUUCAAUAGGUAAGUGUUUUUAUAUCACAUAUAGUUCAUUAAAAAAAUUCAGUGGAAUCUCUCCAGCCCAUCAGAUAUCUAAUAAUUUAACUGAUAAGGGGGGAAAUGUACAUUAAUUUUGAUCAUUGUGGUUUAAAUUGUGAGUUAGUGUUAAUAUUAUAUAAAUAGUACAUUGUUCAUAAACGUUGGGGUAAGUAUUCCUAUUAAACUCUUUAAGGGGACUGUGGUGUAGAGUUAUAUAUUUUUGCUUAUUUUAAAACUUUAAUUAUUCCACUCUUCUGCCUUAUAAUGAAUCUUCCAAGGCAGAGAACUGAACUAAUUAUAGAAUUUCUCCUUUGGAGAGUUAUAAUGUCAAACAGUGAACAUUCUUUUAAAAGAAAGAAUGAUUAAGUCAAUGAAUAUUUAGCUGCAAAGAUUUUUUUAUUUGAAAAAUCCAUAAAUAAUUUCCUUGAUUUUAUUGUAAAGCUUUUGUAAAUUACUUAUUUACAUCUGGACUGUAUGAUUCAUAAGCAUUUGUAUUUCCUGAUAGAUUUCUAUUUUGAUUUGUAACAUGAAAAAGUGCCCAGCAAACCAUACUUUUAAAGCAUUUACCAUCAUCUUUAGUGCAUUACAUAUUCUGAAGCGCAUUCAAAUACACUAUGUUAGAUAGUACUCACAACAGUACCUGUGAAAUAGGUCAGGUGGAUACUUUUAUCUGUGUUUUGCAGCAGAAGAAACUGAAGUGCAGAGAAGUUACACUUCUAAAGUUGCCUGGGUGCAGGGUGCCCGAAUCAGGACUAAAAUCUGGGUCUCUGGCCCCCUGAGCCAGUACUCUUUCUAUGACCCCUGGGUGUACCAAGAGUACCUAACUAAUUAACUGACUGGAAAUAGACUGAAGCAUCAGGAUUUUCUAAAAUAGGAUAGAGUGUUGCUACAUCUUUCAGGUUUCAGACAGGGAAACCUCCAUUUACUAGAUCGUAAUGCUAAGGAUAGCCAACUCUAAAUUAUUCAUGCUCCUAAGACCAAGGAAAACACCAAUAAAUGAAGACUUCAGAAUAAAGAACAAUGCCUUAUUUCAUUGAACAUUUAGUUGCCACCCCCUUCCCAGAUUUAACCAUUUUCCAUAGAUGCUAAUAAAUAACCAACAUGACUGAUUGGAGUUCUGUCUCCUUUCUCUUUAGCUAUCCAAUCUUGGUUACAGCAACAAAAUGUCUAAAAAGGCAUGUCAAAGGGGAAAAAUAAUAAUAAAGACAUGGAAAAAUCAGUUACCAAUUAGAUCACUUAAUUUAUAAGAUGGAUGUAGAUUCCUUUAAAAAAACUUUUUACUGGUUUUCUAUAAGCCUUUGCAUGAGUAUGCAACCAAUAAGCUGACUUAUUUACCCACAAAAUAAUUUAUUUUCAGUCUUAUAUUAUGUAAAUUGACAGUAUUUAUUUUUAUACAACAUAAAAGCUUCUACUCUCCAAACUUCUUCCUUUCACUAAUUUAUCACACGCUUUAUUUAUACAGAAAUCAUCUUUUUUAAGACAUAUUUUUAUUCUUGCUCACUAUUUUUUUUUCUUUAAAAAAUAAAGUUUAGAACCUGAUAAAAUGGAAACUUGUGAUAAUGUAUCCUCUGGGAGACAUCAAGAGUUUCGCAUCAUAGACUAUCAGUGACGUAGCCAAAAGAAGUACGUUUUCAAACUCUUUCAGUAACUGGGCUUCCUUGCCUUAUAAAGUAUGUAUGGUCUAGUAUACCCAUUUAUAAUGGGCAUCUGCCAUCUUUGAAUUGUUGUAAACUCAAAUAAGAAUAAAAUUUAAGAAAUAUUA